UUCUCAUUUUUAGGCCGCCGGGUUGGGUUCAGUUCCAUUAAUGCGGUGGAAGGCCUGAAUCAAAACCAUGUGCAGCCCAGCUCCAGGAGACACAAAACCACAGCUACCGCUACACUCUUCCUUGGACUGAGAGGGGAAAUUGAAGCCCGCCUGCGCUGCGCAAUGCUGCCGUUACGUCGCUUGCUGAGGCCGAGGGCCAUCUUCGGAAUCGGAGGUAGAUCGAGAUGCACGGGCUCAUCACCUUCCUCAAUUAUCCACAUCCACACCCUUUCAUCCACCGCUACUACACUCCUUUUCGAAGACGCGCCAUCCCCGCUUUUGUUUUCCCAAGUUGCCUCCGCAGGCCCCUCUUUACACCCUCCUUUGUUUUUUCUUAAUCAUUACAGAACAUUCUCCACCUUCUCCGCCCCAGAUCCCCCAAGGGUGGUGUCGAUUGAGUCUGAAGAGCAGUAUAAUGAUUCACUUCGCAAGGUCCAAGAUGAAUCUUUGUCCGCUGUGUUCUAUUUUGCUGCAGUUUGGUGUGGUCCCUGUCGGCUAUUGUCUCCCAUCAUUGGGCAGCUGAGUGACGAGUAUCCCCAUGUUACCAUAUAUAAGAUAGACAUUGAAAAGGAAGGGGUAGAAAAUGUACGACGCAUGGUAAAUCUUACCGCUGUGCCUACACUGUACUUCUUCCAAAAUGGCAAAAAUACCGAUGUAAUGCUUGGUACAGAUGCUAAGCGCCUCAAAAAUAAAAUGGAGGAGCUAUACAAAUGACAGCAGACAUGCUUUUCAUCUUAAUCCAAGGUUAGAAGCUUUUGCAUGUGUUGACGACUAAAAUAUAAUAUACAGGAAGGCAAGUUGUAGUUUGUUUUGGCAGGGGCAACUUGUACACUUUCUAUCAUGCGAAACAGAGGGAAAUCCGUUUAUUGUAUCCAUUAUGAUGUUUGUUGGAGUGAUUGAAUAAACAAGAUGGAUUUCAAGUGCUCUUUUUUCCAACUUCUUCACCUGUGUAGCCAACAAAUUAUUUAUUAUCUGCUUUUGUGUCAAUGUGCUUGUAUGCAUGUACUUAGAUCGUGCUGUUAACACCGGAAGUAUAGUUUGCUUUGUGUGUUGAUGAUUUGUGAGUUGUGAGGGUGCUUCUUGGUAGUAGGGGGGUGAGGCAGCUGGAAAGACCAUGAGGGGAUCUUGGUUUCUGCCAUAGUCCUCAAAUCAAUAGGUACUCACUCAAUCAAUCACACGGCAUACUCCAUACAAUUCUGUGUUUUGUUGGGGGUAAAGAUUGUAUGUGGGUGAGGGUGAAGAUCUGGACUGGAGUUUAUGCAUGUGUACAAGUGUAGUGAGGCCUUGUUUUUCCCUCAGUAUUGGCAUUGAGGAGAAGAAUGGAAAUAUUGGGAAGAGGGAUGGACACUAGUUACUAGCUGCUAGAUUGGCAUUGGCUAAUGGCCUGCAGCUGCAGAUUAGGGAAGGGAAGAGAGAGAAGGACUGGAUGGGCAUGGCACUGCGUGGGUGUGCGUGCAUGGGUCGGGGAUGAGUGUAAGAAAUGGUCAUUAGAGGUUGAUGAUGUAAUAAUGAAAAGAAGCAGUCUUGCGUGGGUGAUAUUAUAUUAUAUCCAUGACAAGUGAUUGGGUGGAAGAGAAGAUGCAGAUGCAGAUGCAGCAGCAGCAGCACGUGUGAGACUGAGACUGGGACUGAAGAGGUAUUUAAAGGUCGAAAAUUGAUAGAUGAUGAUGAUGACGAUGAUGAAGAGAAAGAGAGGAAGUUGCAGGGUAGGGUAGAGGAUAAUGUAGGGUGUGGCCCAUAAUUCUCGGAGGAGAAAAGAAAUAAAGAAAGAGCUCAUCAGCUCAGCUCAGCUCAGCUCCAGCAGCUUUGAGGUUUCAAGGGACAUGGCAAUUGGCAAUGGCACGAGCAUCUAUUUACACCGUCUGUCUACACAUCCCUCAAAAUCAAAUCAACAUGCAUGCAUGGGUAUGGGGAGAACAAAAGGGAGCUUAUUACUACUGCUACUACUAUUAUUAUAAUAACACACAUCAUUCAAUUCAAUUCAGUUCAGUUCAAUUCUCUGUUAUGUUAACUUAUCUAUCCCCUCCCUCAUUCAUGAGUGGGUCGGAUCAGAUCAGAUCAUUCAUUUAUUCAUUCACUUGAUAGAUACUAGUAUUAUUUAAGACUGCUAAGUAGGAUUUACAUGCUAUUUCUUCUUGUGUUCCUUUGAUCAACUUAACUAAACUGUAUCCCUUUUGAUCAAUCAUUUCAUUUGUAA